AUGGUGUCGACUAAGAGUAAAUUACCAAUAUGUGGAUUCCAAGUGGAAUGUACUAAGAAGGGUGCACCACCAAUAAAGAUAGAGAAAAGGAAUAAGGGGAAGAAGGUAACUGUUAUUACUAAUGUUAAUGGUGAUAAUAGGAAGUUAGUAACCCAUCUUAAGACCAUAUUAGGUGUAGGAGGGACUACACAAGGGAAUACUACGGUAGAGAUACAGGGUGAUCAUAUUGAUCAAGUAGUGGUUGAAUUAAAACGAUUACAUGCUAUUAAAGGAAUGAAGACAACGGAUGAUAGUGAUGAUACUAGUAGUACUGAUAAAAGGGGUAAGAAGAAGAAGACAGAAGAGGUUACUACAGUAUCUACCCAUACUGGGUAUGAGGAUUUCCUUAAGGAGACAUCUAGAGGCAAGAGUAGGAAAGUAGAGGAUUACAACUAUGAUGCUUUACCUAUGCCUGAGUCCUGUAAGAAGCUGCAUGGUCUCGAUUGGAUAUAUUGUACACGUAAUAAUGCUGAGGAGGGUGAUUGCCAUGAUGUUGACUUAUCUGAUGUAUUUGAUGAUUAUGAUCACUUCUAUAAUACAAAGAAGGGAACGGCCAUCAUGAGGAUGAGGAUGACUGAUAACGAAUUAGAUAAGGCCUAUCAUAAUCUGGGUAUGGCUGCGGAGACUGGUCCGGCUAUAUUCGAUUUUGAUGAGGAAAAGGUUAAAAGACAGGAGAAGUUAAUAGAGCAACAAGAGGAAUUAAGGAAGAAUAAUCUAAUAGCUAGAGAGGCUAGAUUGGCUGAGAUUGAGGAGGAGGAUAGAGUACAUAAGGAGAGGAUGCGAUGGGAACAAAAGGAGAGGGAGAAGAGGAUAUUGGCACGAUAUGAACUAGAACAGAAAAGGAAGGCACAAUGGAGGAAGACUAUAGAGAAGUCAGCAGGAGCUAAGGAGUUAGCAGCUAGACAGGUACACUUUAGAUGGAGACGACAGUUUGACUUUGAUCCCACUAAAGUACAAACAGUUGAAUCUGGGAGGAAAGGGAGAGUUAUGGUAGUAUUGGAUAAGACUAGUGAUGACCCUACACGUGAUGGUACAGGGGAUAAGCUUACUCCAGAGAGUCUUGAGGCUUUGUUCGAAUUCGUAUCAAUGUUUGAAGGUGUAGAGUGUGUAACAGAAUUGAGUAAUGCAGUAGUAGCUACAUUUAGAACAUCAGAACAAGCUCAACAGUGUAUACUAGUAUCACAAGAUAAUGCUGAUAUACAAGUUACUAGAGCAGCUACUGCAGCUGUUACACAAGGUCUUAAUGUUAGAAAGGUAAAUCCAAUGGUAGCAGCAGAGAGAUAUGGUGAAGUGGUUAAGAUGAAUGAGAAGGCUAGAAGGACAGCUCAGGAAAGGGAGAUAUUUAAUACUCUAUGUGAAGAUAAUAGAGCACUGUUACAUGACCUAGGGCUAACCAGUGAGUCGCCAGUAUUGGCUUCGACAUUCUUCUCAUUCCUGGAUGCUAUGGAUGAUGAUGUCAUAACUCCAUCAUCUAACGUUAUCCCUACAUCAUCAUCAUCACCACUUUAUUAUCGUGAUAAGAAGAGUGUUGCCCAAGCCAAGCCUAGUCAAGAUACAGCAGAAGGUACAAUAGACUUUAGUGGUUACCAACUAAUGAUACCUGCUGGCAUUAAGGAUGAACUAGUCUAUGCUGGUUUAUGGAAUAAUGCCAAGUAUUGGAGUAAGUUUGGUGAGAUGUUAGAUAUAGGUCUACCUGUAGAGGAUAGUCAUCAGAUGGCUAAAGAAUAUGUCGGUGAUUGUCCAGUAUGUGGUAAGACUGGUAUACCCCUUCCCGAUCUCCAACUUUCUCCAUACCAAAUUCCUGUUACUUUACUCGAUAAGACGAGGCAUGUCGUUAAUGAUCUCAAUGGUGGGGAGUAUGGGGCGGUAGUAUCCGGAACAAGAAGACAUCAACUAGAGGAGCUCAAAGACAUGAUGAUGAAGUAG